AAAAACUGUCUCAUUCUGGGAAAAGCUUGCAUCAGCUCUGAAGAUACUAACUUUCCAAGGAUUUCUCCAGUUUUCAGAGGUUCAUCAAAAUGAAAGAGUGGAGUUUCUUUUACUUACUAUUUCUACACACAACAGUCACAUGCUCUCUUGACUCGGCAUUCCAGAGGACUGUAGGAAGCUGUUUCCAAGAGCAGCUGAGACUCCAGGCCCAGGUGAGACUUCUGGAACACAGCGUGAAGCAACAACAGGCAAAAAUUGUGAACCUCUUAAUGGAGAGGGAUAUUCAGAGCAGAGAUAAAGAAGGUGAAAAUAGUAUCAUCAAUCUGGGAGAAGAAAUGGAAUACAAAGAUUGUGCUGAGAUCUAUCAUGCUGGUCAUACACAAAGUGGAUUUUACAAGAUGAAACCACUAAAGAGCCCCAAUGGAUUCUUUGCCUACUGUGAUAUGUCAGAAGGAGGUGGGUGGACAGUCUUUCAGAGACGGUCAGAUGGGAGUCAAAAUUUUGAUAGAAAUUGGACUGAAUAUGAACAGGGUUUUGGAGAUUUUACUUCAGCAAAUGGUGAAUACUGGCUUGGAAAUAAAAAUCUGCACUAUCUGACUUCUCAGGGGAAUUAUACCUUGAGAAUCGAUUUGUCUGACUUUAUGGGUGAACAACGCUUUGCACAGUAUGAAAAGUUUCGGGUUGCAGAUGAGCAGAAUUCCUACAUGAUGAAUUGUGGGCAAUAUUCUGGAACAGCUGGUGACUCUCUCACUGGGGGAUUUCACCCUGAAGUUAAAUGGUGGGCAAAUCACCAAGGGAUGAAAUUCAGUACCAAAGACAGAGAUAAUGACAACUAUGAAAAGAACUGUGCUGAAGAAGAUCAAGCUGGCUGGUGGUUUAACAGAUGUCAUACUGCCAACCUGAAUGGCCUGUACCAUAAUGGACCCUAUUCAGCAAGGACAGACAAUGGGAUUGUGUGGUACACGUGGCAUGGAUGGUGGUAUUCCUUGAAAUCUGUUGUCAUGAAAGUCAGGCCAUCAAACGUCAGUCGGAAUGUAGUUUAAGUUGGCUUCCCAUAUUCAUCUUUUUAAUCAAAUCAGUCAUGCCCGAACUGUGGCACUCUCUUCACUUAGAUAAAGAAUCCAUUGAGUCAACCUCAGCCAUUAGGGAGUAUAUGGACACUUCAUAUAGAUUGCUUGGCAACAAUACGGAAGCAGUUUGCCGUUACCUUUUUAUCAGAAGGUCUUUUUAACUUCCUGGUCUAAUUUACAGCCCUGGGAUGUCCUGAUGCUCCUCCAUUGAAGCUCUAACCAUGUCUAACCCUGUUUAGGUUUUUUAAGAUCAGCCAAUAAAACAAUAAUCCAAAAUAGGAUUAAGCAUUGAACCCAUUGAUUUUCAAAAGCUUAAAUGUACAUAAUGUUCAGGCAAGCGAAAUGAUUUUAUAUAUUUUAAUUGGUAAGAAAAAAAUGAGUGGAUAUUUAAACAACAUGAGGUCUUUAAUUCCAUAGUUUUGUGUCUUUUACAGCAGUCACUAGCUAAAAAGGUAUUUCAGAUCCUUUUCCAUAAUGGCUGCAUCACUAGAUUUAAGAAUUCAUUUGUCUUUAAAAACAUUAAUUCUACCAUAUUUUGGACUUGCCCCUCCUCACAAGCAGAAUAUAUUCUAAAAUUACACCUGAUGAAAUUAAGUAUUUCAGAUAUUUUAAACUGUUGACCUAUGGAUCUGUAAAAAACUAUAUGCUUCUUUUCAGAUUUUCUGAAAGUUUGCCUAUCUUUGCUGUUAGACAUUAUUACAGGAGACCUUCAUGCGGAUCCUACUCAAAUCUACUAAAUCUACUAAAAUAAAUAUAUAAAGAGAGUCUGAAUGGACAAAUAAUACUAACAUUUAAUGCUGCUUUCAUUUCAUAAACAAAGUCACCCAACAUUCAAUGUGGCAAUGAGAAAAAAAGGAUCCUACCCAGUUCAGUUAAAGGAAUAUCUAGGUCCAUUUGUAUGAGAACCCAGAUUCUACAGACAUGCCAUACCCCAUUCAAAAGAAAUGUCUGAAGACUUCCAUAAAACGUAGUUAAUACCUAUGGAAAUCUUUUGGAAAAGAUUACAAAAAGUUUCUCAAGCUCUAGGGAUCCACAGUCCAAGUAUUGAACUGGAGAAGAUCUAGGACAAUGAAUCUUCCCAAGGUUGACUGUCAUCUCAAAGUCAUUCCAUCACUAUUGUUUCUGACAUAAAUUAAAGAAGCCACAACCUUUGGUGUUAUCUGUUCACUUGGAUUCCCUUUUUAUAUACAUUGAAGCACUAAAAAUAUUCUGAAAUAUGGAAAAUGCUUUUUACAGAGUUACAUGUAUUUUAGCUUUAUCACACAUAGUUUGCUAUUCUUAUACUACUACAUGCAAUACUAUGUGCAAUUAGUCAUGCUGCACUUAUGUGGGAUAGAAGGCCGAUGAAGACGAAUUUCAGAAGUAAUGCACGGUACAUGGCCCAGAGUAGAUAGAGUUAAGUGGCUAAAUGUCACAUCUAAUUAGGGGUAUCCAAUACAGUACCAUUUGUUUUAGAUUGCAAUUAAUUUUUGGUGUAACUUGUAAUCAUUCAAGAAUAGGGACACUGCAGUGAGGAUAUUUUCUAAAUAAAGCUAGAGAAAGGUGUAUUGUUUUUCCAAUCUACAACAUCACAAAAGGUGCUGCAACUAAACUCAGAAAAAUAUGUACUUCGUAUGACUUCAAUAUGGCACACCUACUAAUUGGCUAAUACUCAUGACAUCAUUGGUGAUGAAUCAGUUUCUUCAUUUACUAUACCUGUCCUUUUUAAGAAACCAAAUUAUUGCUUAGACAUUAGUGACAAUUGCAGGCAAAGUGAUGCAACUGGUCAGCAGCAUCUGUAGCAUGCCAUGAUGAAGUCAAAAUGACAAUACAUGCAUCAUUACAUCACUGUGCAAAUGGUGUGAUCAUAUAAUACCUCAUCAUGAUAUCCAAUUCAAGUAUGUAAAUAGCAUCAUUUGCAUGCUGACAUCAUGACACACGUACAAUGAUUUGUUCCCCUCUUGGCUCCUCCCCAUAGAUGCCCAUUCAGCUGGUAGAAGAAUGUCCUCUAUAUGUGACUAACUAGCCCAUAGUGAUAUGGGCUAGUGCAACUCUCUUUGUUAACUUCUGCAUUUCUACAUGUUGUUACUUAGAAAUAUGUGUAACUGAGUUUUAUGGGGUUGUUCUCAAGUAAGUUUGAAUGAAACUGCUGUUUCUCUUAGCUUUUUAACUGAGAGAAUUAAAGGGAAAAAUCUUCAUGAAUCAGUAAAAACAAGAAGGGCAAGUUUUGCAAUUAGCUGGUAGCAUUUAUUGCCUUCCUGCCAAAGUCCAGAUAUUUUCUGCAGAGCAUUGUAAUGGACUUCUUGCAUGAUGACAGAAUAAUGAUCAGCAUAUUUAUUGCUCCUGCAAAGUGCCCAGGCUUGAAUUUAUCACCCCACACUACCAUCACAUAAGUAAAUUAAGAAGAAGGAGAAAUAGCCAGAAGGAAUGCCGUGCCGUUCACGAUGCAACCAAAGGCGCCGUUACAGUUGUUUAGCACCAUGAAGAGCUCAAAAAUAAUCUCUUCAAUCUUCCCUUAUAGAUAUCUCGUAAAGAAUUUGUACAGUUUUAAAAACAAACACAAGCUCUGUGAAGAAUGAAUGAGUACUUCAUGUCUUACUAAUGAAUAAAACUCAGAUAUUCUGUUCCACAAAAUAGUUAAAUGAAGUACUUAGACUUCCUCUGAUUUGAUGAUAAGGUAAAUACAGAAUGGAAGAGUCAAGCUCAUAUGUGUUUCUUUACAUAUUCAGAAAUACAGAAACACCAUCCUACCUGAGCCAGAGCAGAAAAUGUAUCUGGAACUUUAUUUAUUUGUACCUCUGAGUCCUCUCCUGUCAGAACUCCUGACAUAUGGAGGCUUUCAGAUUUAUGGUCUCUCCUGAAAUUCAGGCUAAAAAAGCAGACCAGAUGGACUAUCAACCUGGUGGGCAAUCUUCUGAAGUGGCUGCCAUAGAUGAUGAACCUGACCAUUUGGGGCUGACUCAGAUCACAAGGGGCCUGAUCUUGAUAGGGUGCUUAACCCUGUAGCUCAAGUACAUGCCAGCCACUACUAAGCAGAGAAGAGUUGUUCAGCUUUUCUUGAGAAGAAAUGGCAGCAACUCCCUCACUGAGCCACAUCAGCAACUGAGGCUGCACAAAAGCAGCCUGUGGCUCCUUUUUGAUUUUUGGAAACAACUCUCCUAUCUCCAGAUCUACAGAAGCCUUUGGCUUCUCAUCCCUGCCUCUUUGCCCUGCAACUUGAACUUCAACUACAACCCGGACUGGAUGCUUCAGACCACUGGCUCUUGAUCCAUGGACUUCUAUGCUUUGACCUGUAUUUGUACUUUUCAAUGAUGUGCUCUGACUAAAAGGGGGGGGGGGAACUCCUCCAAAUAUCUCCUGGCUCUUGAUUUACAACCUCUCCGAGGAAGCAUUAUCCCUGCCUUUCAAGUCAAUUGAUUUAUAUCCCCACCAUUAAACCAGUUGUAAACAGUUCUUGUUCAACUUAGCGUAGUACAUCUGCAGUGAGCAGUUUUUACCUAGAAAGCAAUUCCAAAGAUUCCCAGGACCCAGGCCGUAUAGGACUUUACAGGCAACUGCAGUACCUUAAAUUGCUCUCAUGGCAGUAACAUGACUGUCCAGAUAGCAUACAUGUAUUUUGUAUCCAUUAAAAUUUCUGGGUGGCCUUUAAGAGCAGCCCAUGUAAAGCAAGAAGUGAUAAAGUAUGAGUUGCUGACUCGGGGUGCUCCUCUACUCCCAGAAAGGCCACAAAUGGUGCACCAGACGAAGCUGGCCACAGCCUCCUACUUUCUUUGAACAAGAGCCAGGGAUCCAGGAAGUUCCCCAGGUUGUAUGACUGCUUUUUCAUAUGGAGCGCCAUCUCUUCCAGAGUCAAAAUUGAUCCCAUUCAGCAAGUGUUUGGUUUCUGAAUUAGAGGCCACCCCAUCUUGCCUGGGGUGUUUAGGCAAUGUUUUGAAUCCCCUGCUUAAAAAUAACCUGAAUAAUUCUUGAAGAGAAUUCACUGGUAUUCUCAGGGCUUUUUAAAGACACUUAAGAUGCCCAGGACAAAAUACUUAUUUCAAUUUCCUUCCCAUCCUUUUAUUUUAUUAUAAUGCCAUUACAAAAUAACAGUGUCAUUUUUUAAAAAAAAUUUUUGCAAGCUAAGCCAAACCCAAACAGUGCUUUCGUCUACUGUAUUUGGAUUAUGUUUUAACUUAUUAGCUUUCCUGUCUUGUUAAAAGGAUCAUUUCAUAUACUGGAGUUUGCUUCUCUUGUGGAGCCGGGAAAAGCAUAGAAUGCUAGUGCAUAAGAUAUGGAACCAAGAGCGGGGAGAUCCUAUUUCUUGUCCAGUUAUGCAAGUUCACUGGGUGUCAGGUUCAGCCCAAGAAUCACAUGAAAGAUUCCGGAAAUCAGCUCAGCUUCUUUAUUAGCUCGCAUCUAAUAGACAGAAUCUCGCCAGACUAACUCUAAUUCCCCAAUGAGAGCAUCUAUAACCAUCAGGCCCUUAGAGAGGGGCCAGUCUCUUCCUCCUUACUUUCACACAGUCCAUCUGGGGGCUGAAGAGAUGCUUGGAAUGUCACUCCC